UGGGCCUCCUAGGAGCUCUGUCUGCUGAAGAAAGGCAAAGGAAGACGACCGAGUAAGCAAGUGUUGUGGUUGCUCCUGAAUACUUGGUGCUGUUUUCCUGGUAACCUAGCAGCCAAAGCUCCCAUUUCUGUCUUGCAGACAAUGAGUCAUGCUUCCCAGGACACUGGUUCUCGUGAGCGUCAUGAAGACAGGAAGCUUUAUGUUGUGGAUUCCAUAAACGACUUAAACAAACUGAACCUCUGUCCUGCCGAAUCACAGCAUCUCUUCCCUCUAGAGGAGAAAAGCCCAGAGCUUGGCACAAACUCAGGAAGCGGAAGCUGGAGCCUGCUCUUCGUGGGGCUGCUGAUUGUGCUGACUGUCAGCCUGGCACUGGUUUCCUUUGCCAUCUUUUUGAUAAUCCAAACCGGAAACAGGAUGGAUGACAUGUCAAGAAGACUAGUAGCUGAGGGAAGGGACAUAGAUGAUCUGAAGAAAAUCAACAACAUGAUCAUAAAGCGACUCAACCUGCUGGAUCCAGAACAGAACUGAAGAGAUUUUGUGAGAACAGCUGCUAACACCUCAAGACUGAGCAAGUCAUUUCUUCAAGGCAGCAGAUUCUCUUAGCAGAGAGCCAGGCCUGGGCCGACCUGUGGCAAGCAGGGAAGGGAGCAACUUCAAAGCAAACAGGAUUGGGGAGAGCAGCUAGAAAGGGGGCGCUUCUCACAGUCUCACCUUCGGUAGGGUGCUUGAGACUUAAUGGGAUGAUGAGUGGGUGGCUAGCAUGAAGAAAGACCUAAGAAAACAGAAUUGAUCUGCAUAUGUACAACUUUCCUCACAAAAGGGGCAUUGCCGCUGGGUUGAGUUCACUGUGCCAGUGUGGUUCAUUAUGUCUCAUGCAGCUUAGAAAAUUCCUGCGAAUGCCUAAAGAAUUCAUUGAGCUCUACUCAGUGUUGAAGACAACCAGGUGGUCAUUCUUUUCAAUAAAG